CCUCCGGGUGAGAAGCACUGGCACACUGAGCCUUCCCCAGGGAGAAAACACAAAGGGACAAGAUGGCUUCUGGAGGGAGCCUUCCUCCCCUGGACCUUGCCCUGUCCGCUCUUGGCGCUCUGGUCCUCCUUUGGUUUCUUCUGAAAAGCGCCUGGGUUGUGGGAGGCUUCGUGAGGACCUACCUGCUCUCUGAGGUGUGGAAAGGGGUCAACCUCUCCCACUAUGGCACCUGGGCAGUGGUGACUGGCUCUACAUCCGGCAUCGGAAAACACUAUGCGCUUGAGCUGGCCAAGAGAGGUCUUGACGUGGUCCUUAUCAGCCGCUCCAUGGAAAAACUGACGCAGGUGGCUACAGAUAUUGAGGAACUUUACGGCCGAAGGACCAAAGUGAUCCAGGCGGAUUUCACCAGAGGCUCCGAAAUCUACGAAUCCAUUCAAGCUGCUCUGCAAGGCUUGGAGGUUGGCAUUCUGGUGAACAACGUUGGCAUGAGCCAGCAGGAGCCAAAAACGUUUCUGAGAACUCCUGAUCUUGACAAGUAUACGGACGAUUUAGUGAAUUGCAAUAUGCUUUCUGCUGUGAAGAUGACGCAAAUCGUCCUUCCUCAGAUGGUUGCCAGGAAGAAGGGGAUUGUCAUCAACGUUUCAUCCACAACGGGACGCAGACCCGUCCCGAUGGCCCUUUUGUAUGGCUCAUCCAAGGCCUUUCUGGAUUUCUUCUCGCGAGCGUUGGACAUAGAAUACCGGUCCAAAGGCAUCAUUGUGCAGUCCAUCCUGCCUAUGCUUGUUGACACCAACAUGACCAGCAAAGUGACCAGCCAAUUCCUGAAGAUGUCUCCAGAGGCGUAUGCGCGCAAAGCCUUGAACACCGUUGGACUCACCAACCGAACCUCUGGCUGCCUCAGCCACACCUUGCAGUAUUACAUCAUGAGCCGGCUGUUUCCAGUCUGGUUGCAAGCAACCUCCCUCGGAUAUUCCUGCUAUCUAUACACAGCGAAGAAGUUUUUCUAAACAGUAACGUCUCAUCUUUCGGGAGAGUUUUGCAGAAAGCCCCUUUCUGGAAGGAGCAGGACUGAGGAUUAUGACCAGAACGAGAGCAACUGGGUUGCAAGAUUCAAACCUGAUCCCAAUCCCUAUGCUAUGAAAAAAAAAGAAAUGGUUGUGAGCUGACUUAAUAAACCCAAUACUUACUUUGUGACACCUUCAGAGAGGGAAAUGCACUGAGAGCUUGUGCUAUUUGCUGCUAGAGUUCAAGUCUGUGGUUGUUUCUAAAUAUCCAUAUGGCGCUUCUGUUGUCCCUGAUGGUUUUUUUGGAGAUGUUUGCACCAGAUGCAAUGUUUUCUUCCCACAAAGGAAUGGAAUUGAUUCCAAGAUAAGGGUUUGGCCAGGUGAAGGUGUUUAUUGUGGACUGGGAUCCCAAGGAGCUCUGGGGGUCUAGCAACCAAGAAAAAGGGGUUCGUUCCCAUCUCUGCUGCAAUUUUCCAGGGAGAGAGGGAGAGGAACGACACCCCGGUUCCAAUUAACUCCAGUGAAUUAAUGGAAAUUGAGCAAACUCCCAAAUGUCCCCAUACCUUCAUUAGGCCAAGCAAAAGGUGCAACAUACAUUAUGCAAGCUUUCAUAAUUAAACAGACUUCUUCAUCA